UCGCUUUAAGACAGCGAUAGCUUUGUGUCUCAUUAAUUCAAUGUACAGCGACGUGUUAGUGGAGAAACCUUAUUAGACUACCAGCCACACAGACCGAGAGAAGAGCUGAGGAGAGGAGGAGGGAUACCCAACAUCAUCCUGCGCGCUCCGACUGAGCUGAAACCAAAAACAAACAAAAAAAAAAACGCCCAAAGUUAGUAAGCGUUAUAAAACCUGGGUGUAUUUAAGACGAGGACAUCUUGAAGAUGGGUUGUAAACGUUUGGAAUAAUAAUAAAAUAGAAUCAUCGACAAGGAGGAGGGCUUUUUUUUUUUUUUUUACCACCACCUGGAGUAAAAACAUCCGAUAAACGGAGGCGGACAGAAGAUCGAGAAGGCAUGUCGUCUGAAAAACACGGACUUGAUGACUCCGGCCGUCAGACAAUGCAGCCGCCUCCGUAUCUACCGGGCCCACAAGACCCCAAUGUGCCCCAGCACCCCAACAUGCCAGCUGCACCCGGCACCCAACCCAACUACCCUCCUCCACCUCCUCCCCCAGGCUCUGAGGGAUACCUCCAAGAAACUCAAUUCCACUGCAACCCGAUGGGGACACCUGGGGCUCCUCAGGGCUACACGAUCCAGACCCAGACCCAGACCCCUGGAGGUACCAUGCCACACCCUCCUGUGGGAUACAUCCACCCCGGGUACCCCCUACAACUGCAGCCCUGCACGGCUUACGUACCUAUCUACCCCAUGGCAUCGGGUCAGCACUACAUGCCAGCUAGAGGAGCUCACCCGGUGAUCCCAUCGGGCCAAAUUCACCCCAUGCAAAUGCCACCCAGCAUCACUCUGAUGGACCGACGACCACCGCACGAUUAUCUUCCGAUCGCGGUGCUCACCACAGUCUGCUGCUUCUGGCCAACGGGCAUCAUUGCAAUCAUCAAAGCAGUGCAGGUGCGCACAGCAAUAGCUAGAGGGGACAUGGUGACGGCAGAAAUAGCCUCCCGCGAAGCACGAAACUUCUCCUUCAUCAGCUUGGCUGUUGGCAUCGCCUCCAUUGUGCUGUGCACCAUCCUCACAGUGGUAGUCAUCAUAGCUUCGCAGCAUCAUGACGACGACUGGGAGCCGUAACUCCUCCUGAUCUCCUGAUGGGAAAUCACAGAGUACAUAUUAGCUAGCUAACUUCUCUCAAUCAUUCGCAAGAGGAAAUAGGAAAAUGCACUGUUUCUGCUUGUUGGCCCUCUGUGUAAAGCUACAAACACAGCUCUGACCUAACCUGCUGUCAUCAAACACUCACCAAUAACCAAAAUACAGCUAAUCACAGUUGAUGCUCAAAUGCAAAAUACCAAGGAUUUCUAUGUUGGGGUCAGAAAUGCUGUUAGCACAGCAACCACUUCAUAUUUACACUCAGAUAUGAGCUGCAAGAGGGGAACAAAGCUCUUUCCAUUAAGAAUUUAUUUAACUCUUAUUCAUUCAUGAAUUGCAGCCUUCCCUGAAGAAGUAAGAUGAAAGGAUAGGUCACUGUGUGUUUCACUUUUAAAAUUUGUAAUGACAAAAUCUAGUAAAUGGAUCCCCCAUGAGGCACCGCAAUCAAAAAGGUUUAUUUAGCAUUGUUGAAUGCACUUUUUGGUCUUACAAGUACAAAAUACCUGUGUUAUUUUUUUUUUUAAAGAUAAUAUGCUCCAUGUUGAAAAAGUGUUGAUUUAGAGUGUUAUCUUUGCUGUGUAUGAGGCUGCUUUGUGUUACAUGGACUGAUCGAUAUACAUUAAUACACACACCAAAUGGAGACUGGACUGCCAAGUGAGUGUUUGAUGUUACCAAACUGAGUAAUUAUUUCAGGCUGGUGGUUUUGUGUGUUACAUGCACAUUUUAACUGGAUGAGAUGAGAAAUAUUUUCUUAAUCCUUCUUUUGUUCAUUUGUUUAUAAUUUGCUAUUUAUUCAUUUAUUUAUUCUUCCUUGUGUUGACUAUGUCAGCUGUAAUUUAUGGUGAUUUGUUGCAGCUGACACAAAUUGGCUUAAAAUCUUAUGAUGAUGAUGGUAUUGCACUUUGUAGAAAAUAUUAAAUGAAGUAACUGCUUACAUUUAAAGAUCUUGAUAGUGCAUGAUGAAAAUAAAUAUAGGCUAAUGGGCUUUCAGUGCAAAAGUAGCUUUUUUUCCCAGCUGUUGGUGGGAACAUUUCCCAAAAUGUGUGCUGCAGUAUUUUUCAAGAUAUCAAACAAGCUCGUGUCAAAACAGAACAAAGAAACUACUUAGAUGAUAAGUAUUUAAUAUUAGGUCUACAAAUAUUUAUUAUCAGGUCUACAUUUUGCAAGUAUUUUAGAAAUGUUUUUGCCUUUUUUGUGUUGCACAUUUCUAUUUAUUCUCUCAAACACUGUUAAUACAACAUUAGAUGUAUGAGGCAACAUAACCCUGCAUGUCAUCCUCUUUCUGUUUCCAUUUGUCUUGAAUAUUAGGGGUAGAUGUGUGUUACUUAUUUCUAUAAUGUAGCUCUGAACAGCGGCUGAGCCGCUGCCUCUAAGAGACAAUGUGGGUGUAAAGUUACGAUAUGAACAAUAACAUAAGGUUUCAGGGGUUAUGACAUGAAUGUUUCCAGAAGGAGAGAGAAAAUAUUAAUGCCUAUACUGUAUUGUAGCACUUUCCACUCUAUGAAAACAUUAUCCCCCUAGAUGAUCCCUUAACUCUCUCAAUUUGUCUUUCUCCUGUCCAUAUUGGUUAUUGGACCUAUUAACAUAUCUCUUCUGCUCCCUCUUUGUUUCUCUUGGUCCCUUUGAUGAAGAUAUUUUUAAAAGAUUAUACAGAGAUAUUUAAUUUUUGAAAGCUAAGUUUUGUUGACAGAGAACACUAAAGACAAUAUAAACAAAGUAUAUGCCAUAGUUUAUGAACAAUAUUAUUAUUAUACAUAUGUAUUAUAUUCAGUACCUUGAAACACAUCUGGGCCUACAUUUAUCAAUCAGAAAACCAGUGUUAAUUUUCUUUUUGAUUGAGUUAACUAUUAUUUCUUCUGCAAAAUCAUCUGUGAAUUUCUUUUAAAAAUACAUUUUCUUUAUAUGAAUUAUUUGAGAUCUCUCAAAGUGUUUACCUGUAGAGCAGUUAAAUGUGUUUAUAAAGAAAACAAGAACUACCAAUAGCAGAUUUAACAUUGUACUGUAUAUUGCUACAAGCAAAAGCCUACAACUACUAUGUGUCUGAAAAACUCACUACUUAUGUUACUGUGCUGCUAUAAUCCAAGAUCAACUAACUUAAAAUCAAAUACUUCUGAUAAUUUUUUAGAUUUAUUUUUUCAUUAAUAGUUUGACAUUUUUGAGAAAUCUUUAUCCAACAUUUUUCUGCUUGUAUUGCAGCCUUGAAAUAGGCCUAGAGAAUAUAAUUAUACGGGAAAGCUUGUGCACAAAACGCUUGGCAUGUUGGAAAUGUUUAAAAUGAUUAGCUCUGCUGUCUGGGCUAACUUGCUCUAAUCCUUAUGUCUAAGUAUAGCAGAGCGUUCCCAUGAAGUUAAAUAACAGGUACCAAAAUGUGGGAAAUGCAAAUAAAAAAACUGCAUACCAUUUAAAUGACAAUUGACAUAAAUAUUAAUUCAUAUGGCAUUAAAAUGUCGGCAAAGACAUAACACCUUUAAAAGUUCACUCGUGUUUCAUGUGGAAAUAAAAUUUAGAAGGCCUGCCAAACCGUACAGCUUUACCUUCAUCCAGAGUUUUUGGUCUAACAUCAGCAUAUGUUAAUGUGACUUAAUGUAGUCAGGAAAAAAAUCAAAAAACCUGAAUGCACUCUAGUCUGGAGAUGCUAGCUUGGCUAAACUUAGCAUAAUGGAAAGACUUGCAACAGUGGGACUAGCUUGAUUCUGUCAAACAAGAGGGGGUCUGCUCCUUUAGAUUAGUCUUACACUUUGUACUUUGUACAAAUUCAAAGAUGAGAGGUGCGAUGUUAAUUUAAAAGCUUUUGAAAAACUAGUAGGUGUGUUUUUUAUUGCAUUUGGAUUGAACCAGGCUUGCUAUUCUUGCUAAGCUAAUAGAUGCUUGCUGCAACGACUCAUCUGACAGUUGUACUGCGUUCAUUUAACUCUCAGCAGAAAAAUCAAAGUGUACCAAAAAUAAAAAAGUCAAAAUAAUAAAUUGCUUAAGUUAAGUUAGAAGUUGAUCCUUACACUUGAUUUUCCCUUUUUCCUGUCUGAUAAAUGAAGGCCCUGUCAUACAGACAAAAAGAUGUUCAGUGUUAAAGUGUAAAUAAAGCACAGUGCUGUUUAGUAUUUAUUAUUGAGAAGGUUCUGGCAGUGAGUGUCUGUCCACUGAAAAAAGACAUCUGAAAUGUGGCACUAGGCUGCACCCUGUUUGCUUUAUGACAGCUGUUUGCGCAAUGGCUGGGAGGUGAUUCUUAAUUUCUUUUAAUUAUUUUUAGUUUGUUUUUCAGCUUGUAAAUGCAAUGGGUUGCCUGUUGAAAGAGCCAAAAACUACCUGUGUACAUGUGGGGUUUAUUAUUCUCAUUAUGUUCUUGGCUGUGUUGCGUAUGCAUUGGUUGUUUAUGACUUCAGUUGUUUGAGUAAUAAAUAAAUUAGUAAUAAAUAAUAAUUCUGGGUUGUGAACAGCACA